AUGGGAUUUAAGACGGACAAGAUGAAGAAGACAAAGCCUAACCGCAAGACUAGUUGGGUCAUGCUCGCCGAGGAUGGCGGGUACACACCUCUACCUGGCGAACAGACACUCUACCAGUCUCCUCCUCGAACUACACUCUCCCUACAGACCAGCCAUCGGCAUCAUCCCAGCGAGUCAUACUCACAACAAUGCAAGUCGGGCGUCGUCUACCUCACAAACCGACGGAUGAUUUACCUCCCCGUCGCCCCAACACCACAACUCCAAUCCUUCGCCGUACCCAUCCUCAACGUCACAGAUUCUCGCGUAACAGCACCCUGGUUCGGCGCCAACAAAUGGGAAGCCAUUGUCCAGCCUGUCCAAGGCGGUGGCAUACCACCACAGCACGCCGAGCUAGACCUCGUCAUGGAGUUCAAGGAAGGCGGCGCAUUCGACUUUGCAAGCAUAUUCGAGCGGCUAAAGGAGCGGUUACGGCAAGCUGUCGAGGUAGCACGGGAGAGUGGUGGUGACGUGGAAGAUGGGAGCAGAGGCGUUGGUGGUGUUAAUAUGAACAAUGUACACCUAGAAGACCUACCUGCAUACGAGGAAAGCAGACAACACACCAGGGUCCCAGACCCGCUUCCUAGUCCUCCGAUGGACAGCUCUGCAGUUGGGGGUGUUGGUGCUGGCGGUCCUGUCAUUGCUGCACCUGUGCCAUCGAGCCCACAAGCAUCGAGUCCGCUAUCGAGCCCACGGACGCAACAGGAGCGCUUUGAACCGCCGUCAGAUCCUCCGCCAGGAUAUGAGGAAGUUCAGAGGGGUAGCAUUGCAGACGAACUGGAGAGGCAGGUGAUGAAUAAUCCAUGGCAGGAAGAGGAGGCGAGGCGGUGA